GUAUUAGUUUUUAAAAUACUAUUUUAAGUUUAAUGUUUAAAAGCCAUGUAAAACAUCUGUAACCCACGAUGGCGCUCUCAAUCCUCACAAACCGUAAGUUGGACGAGGAAGAUGACGACAUGCUUGCUGUCAGCGAUAUCGGGCAGUUUGGGGAAGCGUACGAGAGUUCCCUCCGCCCCUCCCUUGCUGACAAACUUCAGGUUGGGUUUCUGGCAUCAGAUCAGUUCACACAAACAUAUGACACCGAGAUUCUUGACAUUAAACAAAUGACUCAAACUGUGCAGAGGCUUGUGGAAGACAUGGCUAAAGUUAAAAGGGAUUUUCAGUUUACAAAACAAGUUAUGAAAGCGGCAUUUGAGGAGAAGUUGCAAAACAAAGCUUUUGAGUUGUAUACAAAACUUAAUGAUCGGUUUCGAGAUGUGCAUGAGUUGCAUGAAGAAAGGGUUGCUGUGGUACGGAGAAGUUUCAAACAGCAGUUGCAAGAUGCUUUGGUUAAAAUGGCUUCUCAUUAUAAGAAGUAUUAUGAAGCAAAACUGGCAGGGAAGCUUGUUUCUGACGAUUCUUCAGGAAAAAAGGGCAAAAUCGCGACUCUGGAAGCCGAACUUAGUCGACAUCAAUCUGUUAUUCAAAUGAUGGAGGUGCAGAUGGAACAACUUCGAGUGGAACUUGCUGCUCAACCUGAAGCCACAGAGAUAACUAUAGACACGUCAGAACUCGAUGCAAUGACAGAGCAAAAUAAGUCGCUACAAGUGGAAAUUAGUAAACUGAAUGACAGGGUUGACGAUUUGACGGACUCUUUAGAAUUUAGGGAAGAAAAGAUAAAACAGCUCGGACUGGAAAUUAUGGAGGCUAAAGUUGAAGUUGAGAAAGAAAGAGAAGCCACGAAAAGAUUGGCGCAUCAGGUAGAAGAAACUAAGAAGGAGAUGGGGGAGCAGAAGAUGGAAGCUAUGAAAGCACUCGAUAGGCAGAAGUUUGCAUUGGAACAAGACAUGGCUUCAAAACUUGCAGAUAACGAGCAGGCAGCUGCAAGUGCAGCACGAGAUCGGGAGAAGAUGCUCAAAGAAAUGGAGAUUGAGUUGGAGAAGAGGUUACUAGAAGAAAGGAAGAAGUUUGAGUUACGUCUUACACAGGAGAAGGAAGAGAACCAGCGCAGAAACAGGGCACUUCAGGAUUCAAAAUCUCUUGAAAGAGUAGUGGAACAGCAAAGACAGGAAAUAUAUGCGUUGAAACAAAGAUUAAUCAGAUCGCAAAAACAAUGGGAAAAAAAAUUUGCAAUUCUGCGUGCAAGCCUACACGCAUUAAAAGAUGAAAAUUAUAUUCGCGUCAAUUUACAGAAGCAAUCGGCAACACUCAAGUACGCUUCAAUAAGUUAUGGUCCAGAUGCCCCCAUCCAACCUGGUUCCAUGAUGCCAACUCCUGUUCUAGCUCCUGGCCAAAUUAACCCAAAACCAUUGCUUCCUCCCGUUCCAAAAGCCCUCCCUUCUAUUAAGCAAGGCGGGAGACUGGGCAAGAGAACAAACACUCUUCCCAGUGGUGUUGGGACUGAUCCUUUUAGUGAAGAAGAAGCAGAAGAUUAUGAAGAAGAGGAAGAUGGUUUUAUUCCUCUUCCACCCAAACCACCAAGCGUGGGGGAUUACAUGCCAGCCAUCGCAUAAAAAGCUCCUAUUUUAAAUUUCGCUCAUUAUUUUAAAGUCUUAAAAAAGUUGUUUUAUAUUUAUUAAAAACAUGUACACUGUGACUGUGACAAUAAUAAAACAGAGCACAAUAUAACUGUUUACAUUAUAA